AGCGCGGCGCGGCCCUUCCCCGCCGCGGGGCCGGGCUGGGUCCGGCAGGACCGGGCAGGGCAGGACAGCGGGGCUCGGCGGCUCCGCGGCGGGGGAUGCGGGUGCCGGGCGCAGGAUGCUGUGGGGGGUGGGCCUGGCGGCGCCGCGCUCCUGCGUGGCGGACCUGAGCCGCAACCGCAGCCUGUCGCUGGGCUGGUGCGCGGGGCCCGAGGAGCCGCCGCCCGCCUUCUAUGGGGGCGAGAUCAUCGCCUUCCCGCUGUCGGGCGGCGGCGGCACCAUGGCGGCGCUGGGCUCCGACUCCUGGUGGAAGAAGACGCUGUACCUGACGGGCGGAGCCCUGCUGGCCGCCGCCGCGUACCUGCUCCACGAGCUGCUGGCCAUCCGGAAAGAGGAAGAGCUUGAUUCGAAAGAUGCUAUCAUACUGCAUCAGUUUUCAAGGCCUAGGAAUGGCGUUCCGAGUUUAUCCCCGUUCUGCCUGAAAAUGGAAACGUACUUGAGGAUGGCUGAUUUACCCUACCAGAACUAUUUUGAUGGAAAACUUUCCCCUCAAGGGAAAAUGCCUUGGAUUGAGUACAAUCACAAGAAAGUGUCUGGCACCGAGUUCAUUAUUGACUUUUUGGAAGAGAAACUUGGAGUGAAUUUAAAUAAACACCUUGGUCCACAUGAAAGAGCUGUUUCCAGAGCUGUGACCAAAAUGGUGGAGGAGCACCUGUACUGGACUUUAGCUUAUUGCCAGUGGGUGGAAAAUCUUCAUGAGACGCAAAAGAUGGUUUCGCUUUUUGGUCCCUUCAGCGACUUGCUGAAGUGGAUCUUUUGCCAUCUGACCAAAGGAAUCGUGAAGCGGGAAAUGUACGGCCAUGGCAUUGGGCGCUUCUCGGAGGAGGAGAUGUACACGCUGAUGGAGAAGGACAUGCGGACUCUGGCAGGCCUCCUGGGUGACAAAAAGUACAUUAUGGGAUCAACUGUUUCCACUGUUGAUGCCACUGUCUUUGGACAUCUGGCACAGGCAAUGUGGACAUUACCAGGGACUCGACCAGAGAGACUAAUCAAAGGUGAACUAAUUAACCUUGCUAUGUAUUGUGAAAGAAUAAGGAGGAAAUUUUGGCCAGAAUGGCACCAUGAUGAUGACAACACUCUGUACGAAUCUGAGGAAAGCAGCGAAGCAAGCAAGACUUACUCCCCUUUGCAGGACUUCAGUUUUUAUUCAAGGACAGAAACAUUUGAUGAGGAAGGGAACAGUAUUUCCCAAACCCCUGACACAGAUUACACUGGACACUCCCUCUUUGAUUCAGAUGUGGACAUGGAUGAGUACAGAGAUCAAGAACAAUGCAAGUGAUAUGUACAAGCGUCUCCCAUUGUGCAGAUAAGCUGUUUCUUGGGAUCAGUCUGAUUUGUUUUCUUCUUCAGGUCAGGGAGAGGUUUAUACCACUUUGGAAGAGACCAUUGUGCUUGAUUCAGCUGUCACAUACUGCUUGGACUAUUUCAGCUGUAUUUCAUUUUGUGUAAUUGUUCAGGUGGAUCAAGGUAAACACAUUUAAAACACACAUGGGCAAACUGGAGGUCUAGAGGGUAGCAGGACCUUUUAAUCUGUUUUUGUUGAUGUUCAAAACCAGAUCCCCCAUUCAAGUGGGACGGACUUCUGGGAAGUGGAAAAUUUAUCACAACUGGUUUGUGUUGAUAUCUUUACAGCAGCGGGUUGAGGACAAAAAUGGAAGAGGUAUGACUGGCACAGCUUUCUUCCAUGGAAGAGAGUGAUUGAUGCUGUAAUGAAAAGGCCCUGGUGGUGUUGGUUGACUGCCAUUUCAAUAUAAGUCAGUGGUGUGCCGGGGUGCAUCAGAUUCACGCAGCACCCUUCCCUGUAUCAGCAAUAGUGUGGCCAGCAGGACCAGGACAGUGACUGUCCCCCUGUCUCAGCACUGGUGAGGCUGCACCCCAAAUCCUGUGUUCUGUUCUGGGCCCUUCACUACAAGAAAGUCAUUGAGGUGCUGGAGCAUGUCCAGAGGACAGUGAAGCUGGUGAAAGGAACUGGAACACAAGUCAUGUGAGAAACAGCUGAGGGAGCUAGGGGUGUUUAGCCUGGAGAAAAGAAGUCUCAGGGAAGACCUUGUUGCUCUCUACAACUGCCUGAAAGGAGGUCGUAGGGAGGUGGGGGUUGGUCUCUUCUCCCAAGUAACAAGCUCUAGGAUAAGAGAAAUGGCCUCAAGGUGUACCAGGGGAGGUUUGGAUUGGAUAUUGAGAAAAACUUCACUGAAAGGGUUAUCAAGCAUUGGAAUAGGCUGCCCAGUCACCAUCCCUGGAGGUAUUUAAAAGCCACAUAGAUGUGGCACUUCGGGGACAUUGGUGGUGGACUUGGUAGUGCUGGGUUAACACUUGGACUUGAUGAUCUCAAAGGUCUUUUCCAACCUGGAAGAUUUUGUAAUUUGGCAAAGUUUCAGGGGAAUUUUGUUUGAUAGCUACCAGUACUUUAGGUGCAUAUAUUACAGCGUCUGCAGGAAAGAACUGCUCCCAGUUCUUUUGGAGAUGGUCAGGGAAGGAUGGAGGAAAAUAUAUUCCUGCAGAAAGGAGCUGGCUAGUGUUUCUUAUUCUUUGCAGAAGGUUGAAAUCACCACUCUAGAAUAUUUUUAUUUAGGAGGGAGAUGUCAGUGUUAACUCCUCUGGAAUGUGUGUUGGUCAAAUUUCUUCCAUGUUUUUGAAUUACUAUUAUGUUUCUACUCCCUGCCCAUGACUGCUGUCUGCUAUUUCUAGGCAAGGCCAAAGAGCUGGGAUUUGUUGCUAAAAGCCUGGUGUGUCUCAGCAGUGGGUGCUUUGUGCUCUUCACCAACAGACAUAGCACACUCAUGAAGUUUGCAAAGCAGUUUGAGGUAUUAGUAGGCAUGGGAUGCUGUGUAAUUGCAAGAUGUUGGCCCAGAUAAUGGAAUGCUUUAUAGCUGCUUGGGAAGGUGCUUCAGUGGGUGCUGGGCACUGUGCUAGCUUGCAGUGCACAGUCCCUUAAGCCAGUGCAGGGAAGGUGAGAUGGGACAGUUCCUUCAGCACCGCCAUGUGUGCGGGGAAUUCAGAUACUGAAAGCAUGACCAGAACUGGAUCUAAGUUGCCUUUGCUAGCACCUCUGUGGAUCUGGAUCUCAAAACAAUUGCAACAUGCUUCAUGUUCUUGUCUCCCUAAAUGCAGAUGAGAAUAAAUCCAUUGGAUUUACUCACAGCUCCAAAGUUGAGCAUGUACUUCAGUGUUGCUUGGCCACGAUUAGUUGAUUUUAGUAGAAAGAAGAGAGCAUAUCAAACGUACUGAGCUGUUGUGUUUUUAAAUAUGCAUAUAAAACUGGGUAUUCGACUGCAGACUUUGUUGGUGGCCUAUUUUGAUUAUGACUUUCUCAGUGAUUUACAGUUAGAGGAAUCAGGAUCCCUCAGCAAAAUUUUUAUAAUGUGCUGGUUUGCCAAAUGUUCUAGGAGUGGACAGGGCAGACAACUGCUUUAGGAUGAUAAUUGUUGGUAGUUGUAGUGAGUCUGGAGCUUGAAAUAACUCCAGCAUUCAAAGAAUAGCUUGCUCCCUUGGGUUCUGGAGUGCUUCCUCUGGGGAAACAUGGAGUUAACCGUGGCUUUGAAGGCAGGGACAUCUUUGUAUGCAGUGAGGCCCCAGUUCUGUUCAUGCAUGGGAGCCACUGCAGUGAGAGCUGACAAGUUUGUUGUGAAUUUACCCCUGUUUCCAGAAUCCCUAGGCAUGUCCUUGGAGCCAUGUUCCGGUCAAUGUUGUGGGCAAGUAUCAUUUGCAAAGUGAACCAAAACUGAGAAGGAGGAAGAUAUCAUCCAGUUACUUGAGACCCUUCUCAGGAAACUGAGCACAAGGGUAGGGCACAAGAAGAUAAGUCUUGGGCUUGAAAUUGCAGAGGUGAUGGCCUGAAAUGCCUGUGUAACUCCAUGGCCAAGUCAGGAGAGAUUUUAUCUGCAAAAAUGUAGGUAUUGAUAUUCUGAAUGAAAGGAUAAAAAGCUCCUAUUUAAAAGCAUUAGCGUGUUGGAAAUUCUGAUGGAGGUGUUCUCACUCAUUUACUGAUGCAUGUUUGAAGGGUGUGCAUUCUCCAUUCGUUCCACAUUGCGAAGUGUGCUUGCAGCAGAUGAGUCCUAGUCAUUAAAAGCCCAGCCUGAGUUCAGCAGACUGUAUCACCUUUGUAGCUUGGGUGGGCUGACAGAUUUGUCCAUGGCAGUGGCCCUUGAAGCACGGGUUAAGCAGAAGUCAGCGAUGUCGCUGUGCCCUGCCAUGUGUGUGGCCGAUCAGGAUUUUGUGUGGCUGCAGGCAGUGGUGGGUGCAGAGCCAGGUGACACCAGCGCGGUGCACAGCUGGUGCCACCAUGGCAUCGCUGUCUGCCAGCGCUUGGAGCUGCUGCCGUGGCAGGUAGAGCUGAUGCCAAGGCACAGGGACCUGUGCCAAGGAUGGAGGUGUUUUGCAGGGCUGUGAUUAUGUUCUUUGCUUUUGUGUCAAAUAACUGGUGUGUCUCAGCAGACGCUGAACCUCAUCCUGACCAGCCAGGUGAUGGACAUGCCUUUGGAGGAGGUGAAGAAGGGAGAAUCAGGAGGGUUGCAGAAGGGGAAGCAUCUUUUUGCUGUCAGCUGAGUUUUUCAGGGUUCAUCGCUGAGGUGAAUGUAUUUUGCAGCUUAUCACAUGCCCUUCCCUUUCUGAGGGGCUACUCAGCUUACUUCAGAGGAGAGGUUAGUUGAGAGAAGUUAGCCAGCUUUGUCCUCAUGACAGCUACUCUCAGUAAAGUUUGCAGUUUUGAUUUUGGCCGUGUUUCAAAUUAGAGGUGAAAUUAGGAAAUGGCAUCUCUAAGAAUUUAUAGGUGUAGUAUUUUGUCCAGGCAGGGUAGGAAACCCUUGGGUUUAUUUGUCCCUUCCAGAAAGAAAUACUGACUGUUAGACCUCUUUAAAAGGAUUUAAUCCAUGCAUUUUCUUCUGAAAGCUGUCUUGGUAAAUGGUUGUGGGGAAACAAAAAAAAGUUUAAAAAAAUAAAUGAAAAAGUGUUCAUUCAUUUUGAUUUGCAUGGAAAAAAAAAAAAGAUGUGUUUUCUUAAAAAGGGAACAAUUGUUUCUGACUUUCCAAAAUUUUGCUAAAAGAGCAAUGUUUUCUUAGUCCUGCAGUGUCUUUUUUUUCCCCCAUUCCAUCUUAUCUAUUUUUAAUGUUAGUGCUGAGGGGCUGUACAGAACUAAAAAUAGUCGGAGAGCAUCUUUAUUUCCUUUUGGCUUUUUUCCCUUUUUUUUUCUCCCUCACGGAUCAAAAUUGCAAGUGAGUCCAUUGUAGGGGUGCUGGAGGUCCAGACUGUACUGCUGGCGGGGUUGAGGGUCAGCAGGUGUCUCUGCAGCCAUAAAACCUGGGACAGCUGUGAGUUGCCAGCUGCAUGGCAGGUGAGCUGGGAUAGCGACUUCUGUCUGGAGCUGGAGGCUGAUGGAUGCCACGAUGUCGUGUCUGAGGUGACACAGACCACAUAAGGUUUUUCCCUGGCUGGGGGUCCCUCUGCCACAGCCAGAAACUCACUGUGGAGUUAGGAAGGGUUCAGGGGCCUUGACAAGAGUCAGAUGUCAGUGAGGUGUCUGAGACCAUCACAGGUACCAGCACCAAACCUGGUCCCAGCCACAGCCCCAGCCUGGUUUGGGGUAGAUGGUGGUGCAAGGUACUGGCAGGAGGAAAGCUGUCUUGGGGCUCCUCUGCACUGUCCAGCCCCUCUCAAAAUAGGGCAGGGGAGCCCUUGGAUGGUCAUUGGAGGAGGCAGUGGAGAAGGGAGUUGCCAAGUGGUGGGUCUCUGCAGGAGACUCAGGCUGCACCUGUGGCCUGGCUCAUGCCACAGUUCCAGUGGAUGGGUGGGACCCCUGCUCUGCUUAUGAGGUGGAGCAUGAGCCCAUAUCCUGGUGAGGAGACAGUGCUGUUCCUCCUGGUUACUUUACCCUUAAUACUGCCAAAGGCUGAGUACUGCCUUUGUGAUCCCAUAGUGCUGCUUUAAAGAUUGAGUAAUUGGCUUGCCCCUCAUUUGGCGCAUGGAAGUUUAAAGCAAGCCCUGCAUUUCCAGUGGAGUUAGAUUUGAAGCAGUCUGUUGGGGUUUUUUUCAUGUGAGUUGCAGUGUUUGACUGUGUGACACACUGUGAUGUCAGAAGGGAUUUGUUUACCCCUGUUGGUCUCAUUGGCUCUGUCAGCAGGGCUCACUGUUACCGAGUGGGGGAAACAGGCGCUGGGAUGUAUAGGUCCUACAGAAAUCCUGCAAAUGUGGUGUUUGAUUUAAAAACCAAACUGAACCUGAUGUUUCAGAUCUGGAGGACUGUUUCUAUCCAAUUAUAGCACUGCAAGUAACACAUUUUGAUCUUUAAAACCUUGGCAGUGUCCCUCCAGAUCUGUAUUCUCUUUGAAAAAAUACUGCCUGAAAUAUUUCUGCAGCAACAGUUCAGGCACAAAUUUGCUUUUGUCAGUGAUGUCUGCUCAAGUAAUCAUGACAGUUUCAUACUGUUUUCCUUGAAAGGCCUGUAUCUGUCAGAUGCUAAGCCUUACAAAAUAUUGCCUGCUGGAAAAGCGUGUUAUGUGCAGAUUUAUGCAGGGCAGCUCACCAAGUGAAAUUUCUGUGGCAGGGGAUGAAUUCAAGUGGGUCUUGUCCUUAGAUGUUUGAAUAAGAAUUUGAAUCUGUUUUCUGACAAGUAGCUGUUUGGCCUAACCCUCCUUCUGUCCCCAGAUACUGCAAAAUUAUGAUUUAGGCAUGUGAUACUAAUAAAGCAAAUUAUGCUCUCUAAAUGCAGCAUUAAGUUGGGUAUACGGUCCAGUAUCUGGGACACAGGAAUGGGUACCCAUUGGUAUGAGUCAUGCCCACACAUCUCAGCAGCUGUGAUCCAGAGGAGCACACAGGUCAUACUGUUUAAUCCCAUGGGACCAGAGGUGACUCUGAAUGACUGCAGUGGCUUUCAGCAGUUGAUCAGAGCUAUGGGGUAUGCAUGAAUGCUGUGCCUUGGGUAUUCCUUAGUGCAGGGUAGACUGUGCAGGGGCUCAUUUUGGUAGCUGUGGUUCUGAUGAGGUGUCAGCCUGCUGUCAUCCCGUGCCCGUGCUCGUGCUGCAGAGACAAGGGUUUUUUGGAAUGAGCAUUGGCAGUGAGCACAGCUUUGAGCAGGUGAACAUGGGCUGUCGUAUUGAGCUGGUGUCCUGUGGAGGGAAGGUGUUCCCUGCACCGCGUGUGUGGAUUUAAUUGUCGGGCCAGUGACCCCAGUCUUCACAGCUUUGCCUUGGUGGAGAGAAGGAUUUGCAACAUGAAUCGGCUCUGCCUCAGUGAUUUGGGGCAAUCCUCUCUUUGAUGGCCAUUGGGGAGGGCUCCUUCUGCCUUCAUUCCCUAUGGAGGCACCCCAGUGUGAAAUACUUCUCAGCAAAGGUUUCUGCAGCUCUCUGAGCAAUUUGGAAAGUUAAAUGGUAUUAGUCUGUGUACAGCACAGGAAUGCCAGUCACUGAAAACAUUGUGUGUCACUACAGUGAUAAACUCUUAGUACUGCAUCCUGGUUGCACCACUCCCAGGUUUUUCAAGGCCAAAGAGAUCGUGAUGGGCUUUUGGUCAGACUUCAGCAUAAAAAGGAUUGUGGGAUUUCGUGUAAUGAUUUACACAUUCAGCUCAACAAGCUAAAGCUGAAACAUAUGCUUCCAAAAGGCAUUCAACUUCUGCAAAAUAAAUAAAAUCCUGCCCCACUUUGAAGUUGUUGACAAAAGUGCAUUUACUUCAGUAGUGCCAGAGUUUCCAGCUGAGCUUCCAAGUGACCCCAAAUUUACCACUUUUCUCGUUUCUGUCUAAUUAUACUUAAGUAAAAAUUCACUUUAUUGGGGACAGUAAGGCAAACAAGAUGUGACUGUUGUUCUUUUUUAAGCUCCCUAAAAGUGCUUUUUUUCGGCUGCACUGGUCAUGUUGCUAUUUUCACUGGGCACUAUGAUUGUGUGUGUUCUUCCCUCACUUCUUGAUUCAUUCUUCUGACUUAUCUUUCCUCAAAUGUACAGGUCUUUAUUUUUCAGGAUACUUGAAGAAUGCAAGUCCCAAAGACAGGGGUGUGCAAUCCAGCAAGAAUAAAGUAUAUGUAGAUGUGUAUGGACGAGGGAUAUACCCAGCUAGCUGCAGUGUGCAAGGUUUAACUAACAAAAUGAAGCAACACAUUUCUAAAUGGGGACUCUGAUGCUGUAGCUGCAUUAUCUUGUUUGCCUAUGAACUACACAAGACAUAUGUUAUUUUAGCACUGUUAUUACUAGUUUAUAAAGAAAGCCAUAUUUAAAAUUGUACACUUAAUUGUAACAUAACUUUAAAUUGUGCACUGUGUUGAUCCAUGUACAUAUAUAUGAAGAUCUGUAUAUUUUGCCUUUAUGCUGUAUGUCAUUGGUGUGUAAAUUAUAACUAAUGGAUCUAAAAUA